GCACCGCAUCGUCAAGUGCAUCUGGCUCGCACAUCUCAGAUGCCUUUGAUGAGCUCAGUCCGGCGAACCAAGACAAGGUCAAAGAGUUUGAAGAGGCGUUUCGAGAGGUUUACCAUCAGCGUCUGCUUCACGCGGCGACGAGUGAAGAGAAGAGCCACCAGGCGAAUCUCUUGGACUCAGCCUUCAAGGAGAUGCGGCAGAGCUUGAUCGACAGCCUCACUACGAGCCCAAGAUUCGACCAGAAUGAGGAGGAGGGGUUCAUCACUGUGGACGACCUGACCGAAAGGGAUGUCGACGCCCUUGGUGAGAUUGUCAACGCAGAUGGUCCGUCGAGAUCCCCGCAGAGGCGGGUGACUACCGACGCCUGUAUGGACAGCCCUCUGGCAGGCAAAGAGGGAGAGUUCGGGAUGGCCUCAGCUUCAGAAGCCAGUGACUUCGAGUCGGAGGACGGUGGUGGUGAGGAAGGCUUUGUAGAAGGCCUGCAGCCAGCGCGCGAGCUCAUCACGGAUGCCUCGCGUUUGCUUCAAUGCCCGCAGGCCGUGAGCCUGGGGAGAGGGCCAGCCGUCGCGAGACGGCCGCAAGGACAUCCCCGAGGCCGGCGGCGGCUGGAGCCCCUGCUGCUGCCCUGGACCCCACAGGACCCAGUGCAUCUGCGCUUGGGUGAGACACUGCAGCCCGUCGGCCACUUGGGCGAGGAGAAACGUUUUCGGUCAUACCAGGUGAUGGCAGCCCUGAGCUUUGAGACGGAGAUGCAGCGGGCUGCACUUGUAAACCAGGUGCCAGCCCGUGCGUCCUCUUCAAGCAAACUGUCAGAGACAACUCCGAGCCGGACCGGCACGCCACUUCCUCCGGAGGAGCUGGAGCUCCAACGCCGGUCGAUUGAAGAGGUCAUGCUUCCAAGGGCCCUCUCCCGGCCUUCUUCAGCAUCCUCGACGGUGCAGGCUGCAGGUCGCUUUGUGGGCCUGGAGGCUCGUUCUGCUAGCUCUCAAGGCUGUCUGCUUUCGGUGAGCAUGAACGCAGACGACCCGCUGGUGGGUGAGGCCGAGGAGCCUGGCGCAUCUGAAGCCACGCUCGCCUCCGAAGCCGAGGACCCGGGGAUCGGACCGGCCUUGGCGGGCCCUUUGUUUUCGGGACGACCUCGGCCCCCGAGUGCGGCGAGCACCAAUCGGCCCGUUUUCAGCGUCGCUUUGCCUUCGGGCGUCCCCGACGGCUGGCGCUUGGUGGCACCGCCAGAGCAGCGGGAGUCGCACACGGAUCUCUCCAUGCAGGCUUCCAGCUUUGGUGUUGGAGCAUCUGCCCAGGCACAAGCCGAGGAGUAUCUGGAUGUGCCGUUGGACGAGACGCUGCUCAGGCCGGCCACGCCCCGCUGGGUGCAGACGGUGGUGGAGCGCAACCUCUCCGCCUGCGGCAGCGCGCUCUCGGACUCCACUGAGCUCCCCGAAGUGCCAGACUCUGCUGCGGAUCUCUCGGCCUUUGCGGUCGAGCAGUCACCAACGUUCCCAGAGAGUACUCCGCUGUCUUGGUCCUUGUGGGAUGGGCCGCCGACAAGCGAUCAGCUCUUCCCCGCACGGCCACCGAUGCCAUCAGCACGCCCAUCCUCUCGAGGCGAGUCGAGAAGCGAACUGAAGGCACGAGGGCAUCGAUGUUGCACCGCAGAGGUCACAGAGACGCUGCACCUCCCAGCUAUUUCUGCACAGGCAAGUCCAGCCACCCUCGAGCGAGACGCGCCGCCGGCCGCUCGCGUUCGACGUGCAGGCCAGGCCUCCGAGUGA